AUGGGCCAGGUUCAAAAUCAAGGCCACGCCAGCGAUCUGGCUGAGAAAGAGGUGGGCGUCAUCAGAGAGUCGCCUUCCAGCACCGACAAUGAAGAGCCUAUCAACUCAAACGCACAGGCCGGCGUCCAAAAGAUCGAAGCCCUCACCUCGGUGUGGACGACCCGAUCCAUUAUCGCGGCCUACAUGAUCAUUUGGUUCGUCUACUUUGUCGACAUGCUUCUCCAAGGCGUUGGUGGCUCGCUCAAUCUCUGGGUCACGUCGGCGUUUGCGCAGCACUCCCUCACGCCAACCGUCAUGAUCUUCAGCAGCAUCAUCGGCGCCGUCUUUAAGCUCACCAUCGCAAAGAUCCUCGACGUCUUCGGCCGACCCCACGGAUACCUCCUCUCCGUCUUCUUCGCCAUCAUCGGUCUCAUAAUGAUGGCUGCCUGCAACAACGUUGAAGCCUACGCCGCCGCUCAGGUCUUUUACACAGUUGGUAACAACGCUCUGCUGUACACCAUCAGCGUCUUCAUUGCCGACUCUUCAUCUCUACGCAAUCGAGGUCUUGUGAACGCCUUCGUCGGUACACCAAACUUCAUCACGGUCUGGGUAGCUGGUCCUAUGUCUGAGGCAUACCUCAAGGGGCCCGGUUGGCGUUGGUGCUUCGGCACCUUUGCGAUCCUCCUCCCGGCUGUGACUAUUCCGCUCUUCGGAAUUUUCGCCUACAACCAUCAAAAGGCCAAGAAGCAAAACCUGCUCCCCAAAACCAAGAGUGGGAGAACCGUGCUGGAGUCUCUGCUUUACUACUGCCGCGAGUUUGACGCCGUUGGCCUUCUUCUGUUGUCUGGCGGCAUGGCCCUGUUUCUGCUGCCCUUCAACAUCUAUUCCUUGCAAGCACAAGGGUGGCGGGCCCCCCUCAUCAUCUGUCUGCUUGUUUUUGGAUUCGCUCUUAUUGUCGCCUUUGUCAUCUGGGAGAGAUUUUUCGCCCCCGUCACUUUUAUCCCCUUCUCUCUCCUCCGAGACCGAACACUCCUAGGCGCAUGUGUUAUCGGCUUUGUGCUCUUUCUGAGUUACUACUGCUGGAAUGCAUACUUUACCUCUUUCCUGCUAGUUGUCAACGGCCUGAGCGUCACGCACGCCAGCUACGUCGCCCAGACUUACACUAUUGGCUCUUGCUUACUAUGCAUCUUCACGGGAUGGUUGAUCCGCCACACUGGUCGCUAUAAGCCCGUAUGCCUCUACUUUGGUGUCCCCAUGAGCAUCUUUGGCGUGGGCCUGAUGAUUCACUUCCGCCAACCUGGUAUCGAUAUUGGAUACAUCGUCAUGUGCCAGAUCUUCAUCUCCUUUGCCGGCGGGGUCGUCAUGAUCGCUGGUGGUGUCGCUGCCGUGGCCACCGCUUCUCACCAACAUAUUGCCGUUGUCAUCGCCAUCCAGGCCAUGUUCUCCGAGGUUGGUGGUGCUAUUGGUCUCUCAAUUGCCGCUGCUAUCUGGCAGGGCGUGUUUCCCAAGAAGCUGGCUGAAUACCUCCCUGCUGGGGAGCUUCCUCAUCUGUUUGACAUAUAUGCCACCGUCGAGGCGCAGCUGGCAUAUCCUGAAGGUACUCCUGCCCGCGAGGCUGUUCAGCACGCCUACGGCGAUGCGCAAAAGAUGAUCUUGAUUGCUAGCACGGCUGUUUGGGCUAUUGGUCUGGUGGCGACGCUUGUGUGGAAGGAUAUCAACGUCAAGGAGAUCAAGCAGGUAAAGGGUAACGUCAUCUGA